ACUGCUCUGAGGGAAACCGCUGCCGGUAAAACUGGCGAGCAUGUCGUAGACCACAUAGAGAUAUACCUAUUUAUGUAUAUAUCUUUCAAGUUUCAACAUUAAUUUUCCACGAAAAUUUGCGAGCAGCCUGACCAGUGACCACCCACCUUCUCCACCUUCUAUCCCUGCCUCCGCCCCUGGAGUCUGUCACUAGCGGUAAAGAUGGCGCUACCUGCCUGUGAAGCCACCCCGCUCCGGCCCUCCUCCCGCCAGCGACACUCACGAGUCCCCGUGGCCGGCAGGAAGGAGCGCUGCAGCCGCUGGAGCCGAUUCAGACAUCACUAGCAAGGAUCACUAGCAACAAUCGGCCGACUGUCGGGGCCAGUGGUCGCAGUGGUCGGUGCGCAGCGGUAGAACUCCGAGCCCCGAGGAGACUGGCAGAGCUGUCCCAGAGGAGAUCCAGUAGCCGGUGGUCAUCGGGACGCGGCGCUUGCUCCUGCACAACACAGAAUGGCUUACAAUGCCGGACCGCCGCAGGGUGGCCCUCCCUUCCAGCAGUAUCCGUCCCAGCAGAACCCACCAUACCCGUCCCAGCAGAACCCACCAUACCCGUCCCAGCAAAACCCACCAUACCCGUCCCAGCAAAACCCACCAUACCCGUCCCAGGCUGCCCCACAGUACCCGUCCCAGGCCGCCCCGCAGUACCCGUCCCAGGCUGCCCCGCAGUACCCGUCCCAGGCCACCCCGCCGUAUCUGGACCCCUCCGCCUCGUCGGCGCCGCCUCAGAUCGACGGAUACAGGGACAUCGGCUUCGACGGAGGGUUCGUUCGACCGCCGGCCGAUCCGAUGCCGUCCGCGCCUCCGGCCGACCAGCCGCGCAUAGCCUUCACCCAGGAUCCGCUGACCCGGGACGAGGUCAAGGACGCGCUGUCCGCCUUCGUGGCCCAGCACUGCUGCUACGGCAGCGGUCCUAUCAAAGACAUGCAGAUCAGGAACGUCGCUCCCACCUUCACGUUCAAGUAUACCCUGGAGAGUUUUGUGGAGAAGCGCGAGACAAAGUGGAAGUUUGAGCCGUUCUCGGGAAAUGGUCUUCCGGCCGGCGGGGGCCCGGCGCCUCAGCCGUGGGAGAUUCCGCUCACACCGGGGGCGCUGUUCAAGGACGAGAAAAAGGUGCUACAGGUGCCGAACACUCAGACGCUGAGGCCCUGUCACGACUGCCAGGCUCACGGGGAUGUGCGCUGCAAGCACUGCGCCGGCAGGGGGCAGGACCGGUGCGGCCAGUGCGGCGGCAGCGGACAGCGGCUGGGUGACGUCUGCAGCCGCUGCGGCGGCGUCGGCACCAACAAGUGCACCUGGUGCGUCGGCAACGGCAUGGUCACCUGCACCACCUGCAAGGGCAAGCGCAACCUCAAGUACUUCGUCGAGAUGACCGUCACCUGGAAGGUGCACGCCGACCGGUACGUGGUGGAGACUCCGGCCGGCCUGCCCGACUCGGAGGUCACAGCCGUCAGUGGGGAGACCGUCUGCCAGGCCAAGGCGCACCUGGUCUGGCCACUGACCGGCUUCCCCGACAGCCGGAUCGUGACGGCCUCCGAGCACCUGGUCAGAAAACACCACACCGGGUGGCCGAUGGGACGCAUUCUGCAACAGCGCCACGACGUGCAACAGAUCGCGAUACACAGCGUCUCCUACAACUACGGCGGCAACGAGGGCACCUUCUUCGUCUGCGGCCACGAGCGGAACGUCCACUUUCCCGACUACCCGUCUCAGUGCUGCGGCUGCUGCGCAGUCAUGUGAUGACGUCACGAUGUGGGGAUGACGUCAUGUGAUGUUGAGAUGAGGUUAUGUGAUAUGGGAAUAGCGUCGUGACGGUAUUCUCAUUGCGUCAUUGACACUACGGUAAAUGAAGGUUUGUGACCACAGGCCAGACGGCAGAGCUUUUUGUACAUUUUGAGCGCUUUGUUUGCUUAUCAGCUGUAUUCCACGCAUUCGUGUACUGUGAUGUACACGUGGUGUUAACUUUUUAUUUUUUUGCAGCUUGGAUAGUCUCCUUUUAUAGGCGAUUGUGCACACAUAUACGGUGUAGUGAUCAUGCAGGGUUCAUAUUCCAGCAGCUGCGUUCAGUGCCUUGAAUGACUCGGGGAAGCUUCAAGGUAAACAAUUAGCAGGACCAGUUUUCGUAAAAACAAACUUUUCUUUCCUC